CCAACAAAGUGUAACACUAUCUUAGUCAUUUCAUUAUACAUUUUUGAUCCUAGUUUAGCAAAUUUAACCAAGUUAGAUGAUGAAGAUCACAAUUAAAGAAUCGACUAUGGUGAGGCCGGCUGAGGAGACACCAAGGAUAAAGCUAUGGAACUCUAACGUCGACCUGGUGGUACCCAAUUUCCAUACACCAAGUGUCUACUUUUAUCGGCCUAAUGGUGAAGCCAACUUUUUCGACUCAAAGGUGAUGAAAGACGCUUUGAGUAGGGCGUUGGUUCCGUUUUAUCCUAUGGGAGGCCGGUUGAAAAGAGACGAAGAUGGACGGAUUGAGAUUGAUUGUCAAGGACAAGGCGUGUUGUUUGUGGAAGCCGAGUCUGAUGGUGUUGUUGACGAUUUUGGUGACUUUGCGCCUACUUUGGAGCUCCGAAAACUCAUUCCUGAGGUUGAUUACUCAUUAGGAAUUGAAUCGUACUCUCUACUAGUCUUACAGGUAACUUACUUCAAAUGUGGGGGAGUUUCACUAGGAGUUGGGAUGCAACAUCAUGCUGCAGAUGGUGCAUCUGGGCUACACUUCAUCAACACAUGGUCCGAUAUGGCUCGUGGUCUUGACAUCUCUAUGCCGCCCUUCAUUGACCGGACCCUACUCCGUGCUCGGGACCCACCACAACCCAUUUUCGAGCAUGUGGAAUACCAGCCCGCUCCACCAAUGAAGUGUGCGGACGAGGCUCAAUCAGAUGAAACCGCCGUCUCCAUCUUUAGGUUGACACGAGACCAACUCAACGUGCUCAAGGCGAAAUCAAAAGAAGAUGGCAACACAGUCAACUAUAGCUCAUAUGAAAUGCUAUCGGGCCAUGUUUGGAGAUCAGUAUGUAAAGCCCGUGGGCUGAAGGAUGAUCAAGACACCAAAUUGUACAUAGCCACUGAUGGGCGGGCUCGUCUUCAGCCCACUUUGCCACAAGGCUAUUUUGGAAAUGUUAUCUUUACUACCACUCCUAUAGCGGUAGCAGGGGACCUUCAAUCAAAGCCUACUUGGUAUGCUGCUAGUAAAAUCCACGACUCGCUAGCAAAGAUGAAUAACGAUUAUCUAAAAUCAGCACUUGACUAUUUGGAGCAACAACCUGACCUAAAGGCAUUGGUUCGUGGUGCCCAUACAUUUAAAUGCCCGAAUCUUGGUAUAACUAGUUGGGCUAGGCUCCCAAUAUAUGAUGCUGAUUUUGGAUGGGGUCGACCCAUAUUUAUGGGUCCAGGCGGGAUCUCGUUUGAAGGUUUGAGUUUCGUUUUACCAAGCCCUGUAAAUGAUGGGAGCUUGUCGAUUGCCAUUUCGUUGCAAGCCCAACACAUGAAGCUUUUCAGCAAGUUCCUGUAUGACAUCUGAAAGUUUCGAUGUAUUUGUUCUAAAUUUGUUCAUUGUUUUAAAACUUUAAAUGGAAAUUUUACAUAAAUAGUUCAUUUGGUUAGCUUGUUGUUCCCCCUUUAUUAUUUAUUG